AUGUCAGACAUAACAUCUAUCGACAAUAGUUCAUGUACACAAUUAACAUACCGUGUUUUUCGGCAAGUAUUAUGGUCAUGUAAGUCAUUCGGCAAACAACUCAUUGCACGUAAACCAAUGAAAGAUAUACAAAUUGAAAUUGAAACAAAAAAUGAGAUGCGACGUACAUUAAAUUGGAUUCAAUUAACUGGAAUAGGUCUCGGUGGUAUUAUUGGUGCAGGAAUCUUUAUAAACAGUGGACAAGCAGCGAAAGAAUAUGCUGGUCCAUCAGUGAUUAUUUCUUUUUUUAUUGCUGGUAUUGUUGCUCUCUUAGCAACUUUAUCAUUUUCAGAAAUGGCAGUAAUGAUGGCUAGUUCAGGAUCUGCAUACACUUAUACUUAUGCGGCUUUAGGAGAAUAUUGUGCAUGGAUUGUUGCAUGCUAUUUAACAUUAAUGUAUCAGCUUGCAGCAGCUACCGUAGUAGUCAGUUGGAGUAGUCAUAUUGUACAGUUUGUUGGUACUGUGUCCAAUUUAAACAUAUCAAGCGUGUUUCUUCAAGCACCAUUGGUUGUAAAUGAAUAUACGAUAGCUAUUACAGCUACUGGAGAUGUACUAAAUUUACCAGCAAUUGGAAUUACCAUUGCUAUUGCAAUUCUUCUUUUUAUUGGAAUUCGUCAAACAGCAAUCAUUAAUUUAUUGUUCGUCAUUUUCAAAAUUCUUGCAUUAUUAAUAUUUAUAUUUGCUUGUUGUAAAUAUGUAAAUACUAAUAAUUAUAUUCCAUUCGUUCCUCCAAAUAAAGGCUCAUUUAAUCAGUUUGGCAUAACAGGUAUGCUGAAAGGAUCAACAAGUGUUUUCUUUGCUUAUGUUGGAUUUGAAUCAGUAGCAACUGUAGCUCAAGAAGCAGAUAAACCAUCACGAACGCUACCUAUUUCUCUCAUUGGUUCUCUCAUUAUUUCAAUGUUAAUUUAUUUGGGUGUUAGUACUGUUAUGGUUGGACUAGUUCCAUACUAUUCGAUAAAUGAGCAUAGCCCACUUACUGAUGCAAUAAAAGCUACACCUUAUGGUCUUUGGCUUUUGAUUAUUAUGGAUCUAGGCGCUAUUGCUGGCGUUACAACUGUAGCAUUAACAAUUUUACUUUCACAAACUCGUAUAUUUUAUGCCAUGGCUCAUGAUGGUCUACUGCCACCUAUUUUUGCCAGAAUACAUUCUCGUACUAAGACACCAUGGGUUUCAAUACUUAUUAGUGGUAGUGUUUGUGCUGUAAUAGCUGGUAUAUGUCCAGUCGAUAUUCUUGGUGAAACAACUUCCAUGGGUGCCCUAGUUAUAUAUCUUUUCGUGCAUGUCGAUGUUAUUGUAAUGCGCUAUACACAUUCAGAUAUGCCAAGAACAUUUCAAGUUCCAUUGGGCAAGUGGCUAAUACCAACAUUAGGAGCUCUCUUGUGUAUUCUACUUUUAAUGUAUACAUCAAAGGCAACUGGCAUCCGAGGUGCUAUCUAUAUGGGAUUUGGUCAUAUUAUUUAUUUUUCCUAUGGCUUUUGGCAUUCAAAGAGAAGACAACGAAUAAGACAAGAAUCAAUGACUAAUCUUAUCGAAGAUCUUCCAACAGUAGAAAAUGUAUAUAUGAAUAAUGCAUAUACUAAUUCUGAAACAAACUCAAUCAACGAAACCACAGCAUAA